AUGCUGUCGCUCCGUGCCUUGACUCGAUCUGUCCCGCGCUUCUCGCGCUCCAUCGCCCGCACUUCUCUGCGCCCGACCACCCUGGCCAAGCCCGCCAUCGCGCAGCCCUGGAAGCAGACCAUCAAGCCCGCCUAUGCUGCUUUCUCGACUGCCAGUGUCUUCCGGGAGCCCGCUGGUGAAGGUGACAUUGAGCUCAUCGCCAAGCUUGAGGAGGAGCUGAAGCACGAGAAGGCUUCUGGCCAGGAGGAUGCCAAGGAGCAGCAGGCCAGCAUUGACUACACUCUGGAGGCUGGUCAGUGGCAGGCUAAGGAUGUCGAGGGUGAGCAGGAAGUCGUCCUGACCAAGACCUUCGGUAACGAGACCAUCCGUGUCACCUUCACCGUCGCCGACAUCAACAACCUCGCCGAGGACCCGAUGGAUGAUCUCGCCGACGAUGCUCUCGCCGACGAGGGCGACUACCAGAACAAGCCCGCCGAGAGCGAGGACGAGAUCCUCCCCCCGACCUUCCCCGCCCGCAUCAACGUCACCAUUGAGAAGCCCGACAGCGGUGCUCUCCUGGUUCAGGCCGUCAUCCAGGACGGUGACCUCCAGAUCGAGGAGAUCUCCCACUUCAAGAACGCUGAGAUCGCCAACGCCCAGACUGCUGAGAAGGACUGGUCCCGCCAGAGCUUCUAUGCUGGACCCCCUGCUGAAAACCUUGACCCUGAGCUCCUUGCUUUCUGGGGCCGCUACCUUGAGGAGCGUGGCCUGAACCUCGAGUUCCAGAACAUGGUCACCGAUUACAUUGCCUUCAAGGAGCAGAAGGAGUACGUUCGCUGGCUGGAAAACGUCCGCAAGUUCGUUGCUGCUUAA